GGUCGGUUGGUUGCAGCUGUUUGCUGCAGAGCUCAGAGCUGCUGUGGACGAGAGGCCAGUUCAUCACUGUUUUUCUACACUGAGUGGCUCUCUGUACGCUUUCCUGGACAACAAUAACAGUCGACACAAACAGAAAGAACAAACAAACUAAUUUGAUGACAAAGGUGACUGAUACGAGAUGUGUGCUGCCGUCUAUGUCCUGUCAACGGUAACGGGCUACGUGCUCACCUCUGCCCUGCUGCUAAAAUGUCCAAAUCUCUUGCACCGGAGGAAGCGAGAAACAUUCCGCAGCAGGCACAUUUCGCAUCGUGGAGGGGCAGGUGAAAACCUGGAAAACACCAUGGCAGCUUUCAAACAUGCUGUGGAUCUCGGCACAGACAUGCUGGAGUUGGACUGUCAUAUGACAAAAGAUGAACAGGUAGUGGUUUCACAUGACGGCAACUUGCAGAGGGCCUGUGGCAUCAACGCCAACAUCUCCGACGUGCCCUAUGCUGAACUCCCUCCGUACCUCUGCAAGCUUGGUGUAACAUUUCAGAGAGAGUGUUUCUGCGAGGGAGGAGAGGACAAACGCAUGCCUCUCCUCAGGGACGUGUUUGAUGCCUUUCCUCAUACCCCUGUCAACAUUGACAUCAAGGUCAACAAUGACACACUUAUCAAGAAGGUCUCUGAGCUGGUUGUUAAGUAUGACAGAGAGCAUCUGACCGUCUGGGGCAACGCCAGCAACCAGAUUGUCAAAAAGUGUUACAAAGAGAACCCACAAAUUCCAGUGUUAUUCAGCUUUCCCAGAGUAUUGCAGCUGUUAGGCCUCUUCUACACCGGCCUCCUGCCCUUUUUUCCCCUAAAGGAGCAGUUCCUGGAGAUCCCAAUGCCCUCCAUUAUCACCAAACUAAGGGAUCCUGACAGAUUGACUAGGAGUCACCGAAUUAUCGCCUGGUUGGCAGACACUUUGCUCAUGAGGAAAGCUCUUUUUGAUCAUUUAACUGCCAGGGGAAUACAGGUGUACAUUUGGGUGCUGAAUGACGACGAGGACUUCCAGAGGGCAUUUGACUUGGGAGCCACAGGAGUUAUGACAGAUUUUCCCACCAGGCUUAAAGACUUCAUGGACAGGAAUGGCAUUUCUAAGCCAGAGUGACCUGCCAAAUCUACCUCACCCUGCGGCCCGCCUCACCAGUGAUUAUCCUUCAAGCUGACUGACCUGCCAAACCAGCCCCCCACACGAACCCACUUUUACUGCAUGCAUUCCAGCAGGGCUCCUCUCACACUGUUUUACAAUCAGUAGGGAUCUCCAACAUGCUCUGCACCCACAGAAUUAUAUGAGGCACCAGUUCUGUUGGUAAUACAAACUUUGUCUGCUCUUUCAGUCACAUAAACGACUCAUGACGGUACUUGCUAUGGAUUACUAUCCGUGUUGAGUUGUGCUCCUUGUUCCUCGCUCCACACACCAAAAUGCACACAAUACGGGUAUUGCACACCCAUUUAAAACCACACAAUAUUUUUUUAAAAAUGGGACAAAAUGGCCAUUGAAAUAUUGCGCUUGCAAGUCUUACCGGUCUUGAAUUUUAUAAUAGAUUCAACU